AUGAAACAGAAAAUUAUUGGGAUUUAUCGUCCACCAAAAUCAGAGCUAAAGUGGAUUUUUCAUUCCUACAGAAAGCCAGAAACACCACCAAAUGGACUACCUGAAUCACCAACCAAACAACCAAACAGAAGGUUUGGCUCUGAGUUCCAGCCUCCUACUACACAAUUUGGUAACACUUCCAGUCAGAAAACUAGGAGGAGUAUUAGUGAAGAGAAAUGUGACGAGUAUUCAAGGUCGGUGCAAGAUAUAUUUGAAGCUCUACCACUCCUUCCAGAUGCUGAUCCACUAAUUAUAAAAGUGGACAAAUGUGAUUUUGAGAAUCUGCCAUUAAUUGUUGGAGGGGAGGACACGGAUGUUGGAGAGUUUCCUCACAUGGCUGCUAUUGGUUAUCAAGUUGAUGGUAAUCUGGAAUGGAACUGUGGGGGAUCAUUAAUCAGUGAAUAUUAUGUCCUUACUGCUGCACACUGUGCUUUAACAAAUUACAGGUAUCCUGCAGUGAUAGUUCGUCUUGGUGAGAUGAAUCUGAAACGUGAUGAUGAUGGAGCACAUCCUGUGGAUUAUCACAUUGCAGAUUUAGUGCGCCAUCCUGAAUACAAAGGACCAAGCAAAUACAAUGAUAUUGCUCUGUUACGUCUUAGUAAGCGUGUGGAUUUCAACAAGUUUAUACGACCUGCUUGUCUCUACACACAUGAUAAAUUCUCUGUCAGCAAGACAGUUGCUACUGGUUGGGGUAAAAUUGAAUAUGCUGGAAAAUCAAGUGACACUUUGCGGAAAGUUGUUCUUGAUAUAAUAGAUAACAAAAUGUGCAAUAACUUAUGGAAAAGUCUUGGAAAGCUCACAUCUCUGCCUCGUGGAAUUGCACCAUCAAUGAUGUGUGCUGGGGUCCUUACAGGUGGCAAAGACACGUGUCAGGGUGAUUCUGGUGGACCAAUUCAGAUAUCUACCAAAGGAAAUCAAUGUGUAUAUCAUGUUAUUGGAGUGACAUCAUUUGGGAAUUACUGUGCUGGAGAAGAUUCACCAGGAAUAUAUACACGUGUCUCUUCUUUUAUUCCAUGGAUUGAGAGCAUUGUGUGGCCAGAUGGUUAG